GAUAACCAACCUCUUUACCGCGAGCACGCUCCACGCCUCACCGCUACCGGUUUUUGAUCGCACCUCUAGUGACGUAAAUUUUGUUUUCAAAUUACGAACGCAACCCUUUUCGUCUGCGAAUAAAAGUGCAUUCCAAAUUCGUAAUUCGACAAUCAUGAACUUUGAACUGUGUGACUGUUUUGUUUUUAAUAAUUGAGUGUUUUGUUAUUUUUUUUUAUUUGGGAUUGCAUCCUGAAAGUGUUGAGGGAGUGAAUGUGAAAAUUGGAAAAGGCCCGGAAGGACGGGUCAGCUCUACCUUCGCGCUUCCGCGACAGGUCAAAUCUGGAAAGGACAUUAAUAAUUAACAAUGACCGUAAAGAAAACAGCGCGGACCGGUGGCUUCGCGGCCAUGGUCGCGCGGCAGAAGAUGCACUCCGCCAGCCAGCAGCUCGACAUCCUGACCAUCAGCAAGCCCACCUCCCUGCAGGCCUACAACAUCGUCGUCGGCUUCAACGAGAAGGACCAGCUACAGUUACUCACUAAAGACGACAUCACAGACGAAGACAAAAAACUUAUCAAAGACUACACAGAACUUAAACCUACCAAAUGUGAAAACAUCUCGAUAGACGACAUCUCAAAUUGUGUCAACAUCGAGAACUAUCCCAAUUGUGACAACACUCUAGUCUUUUACACAGCCAAAAACAUGAACAAAGAAGCCAUAGCGCUCAAGUUCGAGAACGAACAGGACUUCAAGAGAAUAUACUUCACGUACAAAUACUUCAAAAUGCGGAACCGACUGACGAAAAACACGAACAACUAUUCGAGCAGUGAAAACUUGUUUUCUAAAAAGAAAACUUAUGACAUUUUCAAAAGCAGAAAGAAUAGUAUGGAUGACUACAGUUUAUUCGAUAAGGGACGCAAUGAUUACGACUUACUGCAAACUAUAGACAAUGAUGGCGUAACACACAUAUCGGUGCAGCAGAAGAAUAAUUUAAAUAAUCGAUACGAACAGCCCAUGAGUCUGAUUGGAAUAAGGAAUGAUUUGAAUGAAACUGGUGAAAUAGACAGCAUAAUAUACACUGAUAUAGAGAUCCCAUCAAAACCAGACAGGAAGAGGUUGUUUCACAAGAAGCCCAAAGCUCCUCAGCCUCCUAUGUUAAAAGAUAAUCAGCCGAAAGUGUUGAAGGGUGAAUUCGUGCGAGUGAACGUUGAUCGAGCGCCGGACAUAAUACCGAAGGACAAUAAGCUGAACAAGGUACCGGAUAUUCUCAUGUUCAGAGAGAACAAAACCAAUAAAAAGAACGCGACGAACAACAUCUGGCCAGCAAGUAAUAAAGUGACCGGCUACGAGUCUGACCGCGAAGAGUGGAAGAGCAGCCGAUCCCAGUUCUCAACGACAGCGUUCGACAGCCUCGCCAGACCGACCAAGAUGGCGAUGGCCCUCACGCUACGGAAACCCCAAAGAUUGGAACCAGUACCCCAGUAUUACCGCAUGCCAAGCGAGCAGAAACCAAAACUUACGCCAAUGCCGUUCAGACCGAACAACUUCCUCCAGCGGCCGCCUCGGCUACCGCGACCGAAUACAGACAUGAAGAGGAACCUGUUGAGCACAGACCACAGGAAAUUCACCUCGCUACAGAGUCUGGAAAUACCUAAGAAGUUAAGCGAACCGAAGAAGCAGCAGAUUGACCCUAAGAAAAAUAACUAUUCGAAUAUUUCCCACAGAAUAACCGGCUUGACGAAUAAAUUAAGAGAUUUAGGUAAUCCUAGCAACACGAUUGGUAGAUUUAAGGCUCAGUCGCACGGUGACGUUGCUAAUCUGAAGCCAGUUUUGAAGAUGAACGGUCAGGACGGAGCCAAGAGGUCGGUAGUCAGGACCUGCAGUGCGGAACCACCAAAGAAAGUAACAUUCAGCGCUUUUGCCACCGUCCAAGUUGUGUGAAUGUUAUUUGAGAAAUUGAUUAGUGCAAACUGGUCUGAUUUACCUAAUAAUCUUGAUAAAGCUACAUUAUGCAACAUUGCGAAUAAUUGGAUUAUUUCCAAUAGAGAUGAUGUUAUUGCAGCUAAUUUCAUCGGUAUUGGAGAGAUCAGACACAGUUCAUCGAUUGUAUCUAACAUAUUAAUCCAAGGACUGACUGAUUAUAAGAAUAUUAUCCAACUUAACAAUAGAUUGUAGAUAACGUCGGUCACGUUAAUUUGUAAAGUUUAACUAACAAGAGAGGAGGUCAGGCCGGGAAUUCUGUGUAAAUAUAAUUUAAAAUGGCUUUUGAAGUCAUGAGCAUGUAAUUUAGUUUAGUCUCCAUUAAGAGUUUAAUCUUCAUUUCAAAGCUCUGCAUUGUUUACUUGUUCUUAGUUCCUUCUAGUGGGUUUCUUCUUCUUAUAUAUAGUGGGUUUCUGCUUCUUAUAGCUUCUGUAAUUUUAAUUACUUCAAUUAUAUCAUCUAAAAUACCAUCAUCAUUGUCUACUAUUUAAUUGGUCCUGUAACUUUAUUUAUUCCACCUAUAUGAAGUAAUUUAUCAAUUGUAAUUAAACAUAUUUGAUUCUGAUCUGACAGUUGAAAAAGAUUUAGCCAAAUCUAUGUUCUGAUGAGGUAUCAUAAAUUUUCAAUGACGACAAAGUUGACGAAACAUGUACAUUAACUGAUAUAAUUUUGUAAUCCUUUUAACAUGUUACACAAAUUGAAAUGAGGUCGAUAUCAAUCAUAAAGUUGUCUUAAAUAUUAUUUCUUGCAGGUUGAUUUAAUUCAGUUCAAUAGUUUUUAAAGUUUUUGUCAGUUUUGUCGUGAUUUUACAUGUAUGUAUGCCUUGUAGUAUUGUGUGGUUGCAACACGAUCCUUACUGAUAUUAUGAAAUGCCACCAAUCUUUCGAGAGAUUGCUGUCGGUCAGUUUCAGGCAAAUCGUGGUUAUUCGACAAAAAUAUUUAUUGUUAUUUAUUUAUUCUUUACGAAUAUAUAUUAUAGACAGUAACGACAAUAUAGGCUUCAAUAUUUUGAUCGAUGAUUUUUGUCCGAGUACGUCUAUAUUUAGUUCACUGAUCCUUCAGGUAUAUUUCAAGAAUAUUUAGUAAAAAACUGGGUAUGUUCUCUUUCAAACCAUAUGGGCUAGAACCCGUUAAAACUAUUAUUUAUUUCAUUAUCAUGUAACUUAUUUAGAACGAGAUCAAACUAUAACAUUAUUGCCAAUUCAUUGUGUACCAAUCAAUCAUUAUUUAUUUCAACUACAAUUAUCAAAUGUUUUAAAACCCAUAUUUUAUCGAUCACGUUCGCAAUUUGCUUUAUCUGUGUUUUCCAAUCUUACUACCACAUUACUAAGAUUAUUUUAAUUUCUUAAUAUUGUUUCUUGCUUGUUUAUCAUCAGUGUCUAAUUAGCAGGGACCGUGUCACGAUGUUUCAGUCAUCAUAAGUCAGUUGUCCAAAAGUGACAAAUAAUAAUCGACAUUUAUUAGUAUCCCUUAAUACCUAUCCCUGCUUUUACACAUCUAAGCAAAAAUAAAAUUAACAAAAUUGUAUACCUACUCUAAGAAAAGGUUGAGUAUGAAAUGAUUAAGUAAGAAAUGUGGAAUCCUAGUCGAUAAAAUUUUCGAUCACUAUUUGGCGAACUUUUCUACGCUUGUAAAGCAUAUCUUUCUUCUUGUGAUUUGAUUAUGCUUUCUAGCAAAGCAGAAGCAUAACAAUAAUAUUUGUUUAGUAAGAUUGUCUAUAUAGCUAUCCAAAAAUGGAAAUUAUAUCGUAAGGUAUAAUGCCAUUUAGAUUUAACUGAAAUAUAAUUAGAGUCUAAGAAUUAGUCUUUUAAAUAUUUCCAUAGUUAUAUCAGAAUAUUAAUAUAAUGAAUAUUUGUAAAAUUGUAACUACUGUAAGUAUUAUUAUAUAAAUAAAAGUCAUAAUUAGUUUGGCAUAAUAAUUAUUCGCAUAGAAUUAUGUUUCGCAUAGGUUUUGUUUGUAUUAAUAAUAAUUAUUGUGUGCAUUAAUAA